CUCGUGACUCAGCAAGAACAACACGAGGUCAUUAGGAAAUUCCGAGUUGGCAUUAUCAACCUACUAGUUGCCACCAGUGUUGCAGAAGAAGGCCUGGAUAUAAAGGAAUGCAACAUCGUCAUCCGCUAUGGUCUCAUCAACAAUGAAAUUGCUAUGAUGCAGGCCAGAGGACGAGCUAGAGCUGAGAACAGCAUUUAUUCAGUGGUUGCUAAAAAAGGCGGAAAAGAGAUAUCACGGGAGUUUACAAACGAAUGCCGCGAGGACCUUAUGAAACGUGCAAUAGAGGAUGUGCAAGAAAUGCCAGAAAGGGAAUAUCUCAUCAAAAUUCGAGACCUCCAACUGGAAAGCAUAGUCAGCCGGAAAGUAAAAGAACGGAAGUAUAAUUCUGUAAGAAUGGAAAAUGAUCCGAAAGAUGUAAGAUUUUUUUGCCGGAACUGCAAUGAGGCUGUAUGCCAUGGCAGUGAUAUUCAAAUCAUUGAGGGCAUGCACCAUGUCAACGUGAAUCCAAACUUCAAAAUUUACUACAAAGUCGGCGGAAAAAUAAAGCUUCCAAGAAAAUUUGAGGACUGGGAACCCGGCGGAACAGUGAGCUGUCGCAAGUGUGGUCAGGCCUGGGGUAUGGAGAUGAUCUACAAGUCUGUGUCUGUGCCCAGUUUAAACAUCAAGAAUUUUGUGGUUGAGUUGCCGACUGAGAAAAGAACCUUCAAGCAAUGGAAAGGUGUCCCGUGCCAGAUGGAAGAGUUCAACUACCAAGAAUAUUGUGCAAACUGUCUUCCAGAUCUCUUUGCAGAUUCCUUCUAAAACUGAAGCUUGCUAAACGUUUAUGAAUUAUCUGUGCCCUUAGCUGCAGUCGGGGUGGAUGGAACAUACAUCCUUUAGUUUGCAAUAAUCAGAAACAUCGCAUGAAAAUAAUCAUGUUUAGUAAUCAUAUAAGUUCUAAAAUAUUUAGUUCCUUACACUGUGUAAGGAGUAGAGUGAGGUGCAUUUUUUAAGAAUUAAGUUGCUGUCUCUGUUAUGUGGGCUUUAUGGCAAUUGUUGAAUUCUUGAAAUAGAGGCUAAAUAUUAACAGUUUCUUUCUUCUGUUAUUCAAAAAAAAAGCAUGACUCAUUUUCAGGGUGCAAGUCCCUACCUCAUUGUCCUGAGGAAGUUGUGGUAAACUGCUUAUGAGUGGCUUUGUGGGCCAUUUUGAAGGACAGUUAAGUUACCACACUGCUCGUGAUAAUUCCACUAUUGUCAAGAUAUCACAAUAAACUUUAGUAGAAUUUAAUAUA